CUCUGCGCAAAUCUCUCUCUCUCAUUCUCUCUCUAUCUCUAACGUCACCUCCUCCUCCUCCCGCCCGUUAAAUCCACGCCCGCCUCCGUCGCCAUGGGAGGAGACCAUGCAUCGCCGCCGCGUCCACUUCUCCGCCGCCGCCGCCGCCGCCUCGUCCCGCUUCCCCCGCCAGUUCGCCCGGCCCUUCUCCCUCCGCCGCGAGAUCCCCUGGUGGUACCAGACCCUCGACCCCGGGAGCGAGUUCGUCGCCCGAUGGAACCACGUCUUCCUCGUCUCCUGCCUCAUCGCCCUCUUCAUCGACCCGCUCUACUUCUUCAUCCUCCUCGUCGGCGGCCCCGGCUGCGUCCGGAUCGACUUCCGCUUCGGGGUGGUCGUCACCUUCCUCCGCACCGUCGCCGACCUGUUCUACCUGAUGCACAUGGUCCUGAAGUUCAGGACCGCGUUCGUCGCCCCGAACUCCCGGGUCUUCGGGAGGGGCGACCUGGUCAUGGACGCGAGGGAGAUCGCCAUCCGGUACCUGAGGACGGAUUUCGUCAUCGAUCUCGCCGCGACGCUUCCUCUUCCCCAGAUCUUUAUUUGGUUCAUUAUCCCAGCAAUACAAAAUCCUACAGCUGUUCAUGCCAACCACACGGUCUCUCUUAUCGUUCUCAUUCAAUAUUUUCCUCGAUUUUUCCUCAUGUUCCCGCUGCAUAGACGGAUUGUGAAAACAACUGGGGUGAUAGCCAAGACUGCUUGGACAGGAGCAGCAUACAAUCUCGUUCUCUGCACACUAGCUAGUCAUGUUAUAGGAUCGAUAUGGUAUUUAUGGUCCAUUCAGAGGCUAAAUUCAUGCUGGAGGAUGGAAUGUGAGAAGGAAAUGAACAACACCCGCUCUCCCCCCUGUAAACAGCGUUUUUUUGAUUGUACCACCUUAAAUGACCCUCAACGCAUGUUGUGGUUGAAUUCCACUCAGGUGUUGGCCAAAUGUGAUGCUUUCAAAGACGACGACCAUCUUCAGUUUGGAAUAUUUGCUAGUGCCUUCAUAAAUGAAGUAGCUUCAGCAGAUUUUAUCGAGAAAUACUUCUACUGUCUUUGGUGGGGCUUGCGGAACUUGAGUUCAUAUGGGCAGAGUUUGAUGACUACCACUCUUAGUGGUGAAAAUAUAUUCUCCAUAUUUAUCUGCAUUGCUGGUUUGAUUUUCUUCUCGCAUUUCAUCGGAAACAUGCAGACAUAUUUACAAUCUUCAACGGCAAGACUUGAAGAAUGGAGAAUUAAACGGAGAGAUACAGAGGAGUGGAUGCGGCAUCGUCAACUACCUCCAGAUCUGCAAGAACGUGUCCGCCAAUUUGUUCAGUACAAAUGGCUUGCCACUAGAGGUGUCAACGAGGAAACCAUUUUACAAUCCUUACCUCUUGAUCUUCGACGCCAAAUUCAAAGGCAUCUUUGUCUAGCCCUUGUUCGCCGCGUCCCUUUCUUUGCACAAAUGGAUCAUCAGCUCUUAGAUGCUAUUUGUGAACGCCUGGUCUCAUCCUUGCAUACUAAAGACACAUUCAUCGUCCGAGAGGGCGAUCCGGUGAAUGAGAUGCUUUUCAUCAUAAGGGGCGAAGUAGAGAGCAGCACCACAGACGGUGGAAGAGUAGGAUUCUUCAAUUCCAUCACCCUUGGAGCUGGUGACUUUUGUGGUGAGGAACUGCUCACUUGGGCGUUGGUGCCUACGCCGAGCCUUAACCUACCAUCCUCAACUAGAACGGUUAAAACCCUCUCAGAAGUGGAGGCAUUUGCGCUGAGAGCCGAGGACCUGAAGUUUGUCUCUACCCAAUUUAAGCGCCUCCACAGCAAGAAACUCCAACACGCUUUCAGGUAUUACUCCCACCAGUGGCGGACUUGGGGGGCGUGCUAUAUCCAAGUCGCUUGGAGAAGAUUCAAGAAGAGAAAGCUAGCGAUGGAGUUGGCCAGACACGAGGAGGUCUAUUACAUGAAUGGAGCGGACGAGGAGAGCGAGUAUGGACACGAGGACUUUGAUGGCGACGAGGAGAUGAGUCAGUUAACCGACGAUGCGACCGGCACUCAACACCUUGGAGCUACAAUACUGGCUUCCAAAUUCGCCGCCAACACGAAAAGAGGGGCCAACCAAAAGGUCACUAUACUGGAUCCUCAAGAACUGAAGAUGCCCAAAUUGUUCAAACCCAACGAGCCCGAUUUCUCCGCAGACCUCGGAGAGAGUUAACUUUGUAUCUUGCCUACCAUCAUCACACGACAGCCGAAAUCACACCACCUCGCUGGGUCCUCACCUCCACAAGCAGCCAAUUCGCGUUACCAUAGAUCGGGUAAAACCAGUUUGCUCAAGUUACUGGUCUUUCCUUUCUUUGACCUUAAAAGGGUUUACUCAAAUCGUGUAAAUGUUAAUCUUAACAACUAGCAUUUAAAGUUCUUCAGAUUUUAAAAAGGGUCACUAAACAUGCUUUGAUAUUACUAACUGUGAAUAUUUCUAUGGUCAUAUUAUACAAAGACUCAACGAUCAUAU